CGUACCAUUGUUAAACGAAAAAUGAAGUUCCUGCUACUGUUGGCCAGUGUGCUCUGCCUCGCGUUGAUCGUUAACGGUCGAGCGGCAAACGAUGCGACCAAUGAAGAGUCAUCGGCAGAUCAGGCUGAAGGCACCGAGGAUGAUGAUGCUGGCACUGACGCUAAGCAAGGAGAUGAACCGGACACAGAUGGCGAGACCAAUGCCAACGGAGAUGAAGCAGGUGGUGACGAUGCUACCGGAGAAGAAGAGGUAUUGGCUGAGGACGGUGAAGGAGACAAUGCGGAAGAUGCCGGUGAAAGUACAGGUGAAGAAGCCGGAGAAAGCGCAGGAGAAGAUGCCGAAAAGGACGCUGAAGAUGGUGACGAUCAAGCAGGUGGUGAAGAUACUGCCGCCGAAGGUAGUGACAGUGAAGGAGGUGAAAAGGAAGAUGCCCGAAACACCUAUCGUCAGGUGCACAAGCUGUUGAAAAAUGCCAUGAAGGUCGACCUGAAGGAUAGUUACUUGAAGUCAUACGUUUUGGCCCGCCUUCAGGAGCGACUGAUGAAUCCGACCAUUGAAUUGGUGGGCUCCAUCGAAAAGUACUCCAAGAUCAAGGAGUGUUUCAACUCGCUAGACAAGGACGUGAAGGAUUUGGUUAAGGAGUCGGAGAAAUCGUACAGCGAAUGUACUAAGGACGAGCAAAAGACCAAUUGUGGCAGUGAGGGAACACGCGAACUCGACGAGGGUCUUAUCGAGCGUGAGCAGGAGCUUUCCGACUGCAUCGUUGAUAAACGUGACGCACAAUAAUCGGAUGUACGAUACGCGUGCUGACAUGCUGAGCUGCUUUCAGUAAAAAUGGAAUAAAAAAUGCUGCAAAAAAAAA